AAUCCGCGACUGGGUGUAAGUAGGGCAAGCCGCUUCCUGGUUCUCAGAAAGGAGGAGCUGGGAGUCGGAGUGGGCCAGCGGAGGCAAGCAAGCCGACAGGGGGGUCAGAAUAGCCCUGAGAGCCGGCGGUCUGCAAGACAGAGGAGCAGAGAGGACCAAUAAGAAAAACGACGACGCACGGUUUAGCGAAGAAUAAAACCUCCCGGGUUUCGAGCUGAGGACGGUGAGAGCGGUGGACAAGAGAAGACAAGAGCUGGGACGAUUAAAAAAAAAGAAGAAUAAGAAGUAGAAGAAGUAGGCAGGGUGGGACGGAAUAAUCCAGGAAGUGUGGAGGCCGGUCAGGUGGGAGGCGACGAGUCAGGACAGGUGCCACACUGGCUCUCAGGUGUACUGUAUGACCUCUGCUGACCUCUGAGCAAAGAACCAAAGAGGAGGGAGGGUGGGUGAGCGAGAGAGACAGAAAGCAGGCACCCAUCUUCUCCUGGGUUUAUGGACUGGAGGUGGCAAUGUCUCCUGGAGAGGACGGUCUGAUUGGGAUCCCCUUCCCGGAGCACAGCAAUGAGCUCUUGUCCCACCUCAAUGACCAGAGGAGGACAGGGCUCCUGUGUGACCUCACCCUGACCUCCCGCGGGGCUCGCUACCCUACUCACCGCUCCGUCAUGGCCGCUGUCAGUUUAUACUUCCGCCGGCUGUUUGGAGCAGAGGAGGGGGGCGGCGAGGGCGGAGGAGGUUUCAGUGUUUGCCAGCUGGACUUUGUGGCACCUGACGCCCUGGAUGCCCUGCUGGAGUUCGCUUACACUGCCACCCUGACCAUCCCGAGCUCAGGGAUGAGAGAUGUGCUGCGAGGGGCUCAGUUUCUGGGUAUCCAGUGUGUGGCUGACGCCUGCAGAGACAUCCUGGGGGAGACGGCCGAGCCAGAGGGGGAGACGGCUGAGCAUCAGAGAGCCCAACAUACAGCUACCAAGAGAAUGGUGGAGAGAGAGAGCGGUGUAGAGAAAGGGUCCCGAAGAAAAACAGACAAAAGGAGGGUCAAAAAAGUUGGGUUGCAUCACAUCAACUCCUCAGUUUUGAACCAAUCGCCUGCUUCUCCCAUCUCGCACCAUUCACCUGCAUCCGACAGCCUCCGCUCGCUGCCGUCUACCCAGCCGCCCAGCCCUGAACAGGAGCAGCUAUGCCUGAAAUCUGGGCAGAAUGGGGAUCCCAGGUCGAUCAGAGAGCCAGUGAGAGAUGCCACACUAAACGGAGGGCUCCUUCAUUGGCUGCAUGAGGGUCCGCGUAUAGCCCACCCACCUCCUCCUGUCCAACCAUUGAAUGACAAGCUGUCAGAGGAUGAUGACAUGGAGGGUUUUGUUGAUGAUGGUAUGCUGAUGGGAAACACCUCCAUAACUACCUCUGUAGCUGAGCGAGGAGCGGUGACACCAGCAGUGGGAGGGGGAAGGAAGAGGAAGUCUCAGACUCCCCAGCAGUGCCCUGUGUGUCAGAAGAUCAUCCAUGGAGCAGGGAAGCUGCCCCGACACAUGAGGACACACACUGGAGAAAAACCUUUCCAGUGCUCUGCCUGUGGAGUCCGUUUCACCCGGAAUGAUAAGUUAAAGAUCCACAUGAGGAAACACACAGGCGAACGCCCCUACCCGUGCCCCCACUGCCCCGCCAGGUUUCUCCACUCAUACGACCUCAAGAACCACCUGUCCCUCCACAGUGGGGCUCGACCAUUCGAGUGCCCACUCUGCCACAAGGCCUUUGCCCGAGAGGACCACCUCCAGCGUCACCGCAAGGGACACAGCUGCCUGGAGCUGCGCACUCGCCGGCCCAGGCGUGGUCCUGAGCUCGUGGAGGAUGGGAGAGGGGAUGUAGGCAGGAGGGAGCAGUCCAACCCUCUGGAGGCUUUGUCCUCACAGGCUCAUUCCUCGGCGUUUCUCCCUCACACGAUGCUGGAUGGCGGGAGUGGGUCCGUCGCCGGCCCUCCGCUGAUGUUUCCAGGUGAAGUCGAGAGGGGGCGCUCUUUCGCCCUUCAGGCUCUGGCCCAACUCGGGCAUCACAGGCUAGCCGGCUACCCAGAGCUUUUCCUGCGAGGGCUGGAGCUGCGAGGGGGCAGAGAGGCGGAGGGAGAAGAUCCAGGAGGAACCCACUCUCCGGCUGCGCUGCGUGACCGAUGGGCAGACGAAGUGGAGGAGGAAAUUGGAGAUGAGGAAGCGGAUGAAGAGGAAUAGUUAAAAGAGAGUGUGUGUGUGUGUGUGUGUGUGUGUGUGUGUGUGUGUGUGUAUGUGUGUGUGUGUGUGUGUGUGUGUGUGUGGUAAAGCAUCCACAGUAAAAAAAAAUCUCACUCAGGUGGCUGGACUAAUGACCUGCUGCUCCCAUGUAGAGAGCGCUUAAAAAAAAAAAAACUAAAUGAUAUUAAAGAAAAAAAUGGAAAACGGGUUUUCAGAGAUAUUUUAAAUGUUUGUCUUCUGGCUCUUGGCAUUUGAUUUAAUUUGUCUUUUAACUUUUAUUUUCUCGUUUGCUGUUUAAUUUUAUGUAUUUUAGGUUUGAGCUGUUUCUUUAUGAUUUGAUCUGAUUUUUCUUGCUGGAUAUGUGUGUGUUGAGUGUGUGGUUACUGGGAUGCUUUUCACUAUGCAAACUAAAAUCCAGAGCUGCAACAUGGAGGGAUAUUUGAAUAUGUAUAUUUUUAGUUACAAAAUAAUGUAUUGAUUCAGGUGCAAUUCAGAAGUCAUAUCAUAUAGAUCGCAAGAAUGAGUUUGUGGGCUCACUGUCCUCUGGUGGUUAUCAGUGGAAAUGCAGUCUUAUUAAUCAAACUUGUUCUCUGCAUUGUAAGCAAUAAUGUUCUUGUAUCCUUUUCUUUUUAGUGGUAGAAUCUUUGCUUUGAUUUGGUGCUUAAACCAAAGAUUUUAGUUGAACUUUUUUUCUUAAAUCUUAAGUUAACAGGAGUGGAGAGAAGUGAAUUGUGGCCAAUGUUGGGUUCGAAGAGGAAAUCCUUCCCAACGGUUUUGAUCGCCAUGAGAAAGAAUCUGCUUCCAUGUUUGAGUGUUUCAGAGCUUUAGAGCUCUGCGUUAAAUGCCUGACCAAAAGAGACAAAGUAUGGAUCAAUGAGUCGAUUAAUGUUGAAGACAGUUCUUCUUUUCCCAAAGGCUGUGGAUUUCAGUCUACCAAUGCACUCGUUUCGGUUCCUUGUUUGGAAAAAAAAAGAAAAAAAAGAAAAGGGGUAAGGUGAGGGUAUGAAUGCGAUGGCUUGCCCCUUUUUUCUGUAUUUAUUUAUUUAUUGUUAUUUAUUAUGGCUCUUCUGCUGAAACUCCUUUGAGACCAGAUCCAGGGUUGGACACAGAUCAGGGUCCAUUUCUCGUCUAAGUCUUACAAGAAGCUGCAUUGCGCUAGAGAUUUUGGCAGAACAUCUCCAUAUACCUAAACGCCUUUUUACAGGCUGCUUGUCUUCUUUUGGCGAUUCUUCCUCAAAUGCAUUCUUUGCACAUUUAACCCCGUCAGGUACUGCAAUAACACAGGCACAUUCCAUCCUCCGGGGUAGAGAGAAGGGAACAGAGCAAAGAAGAAGUCAGGGGGUUUAAAACCUUCGCUGUAACUGGAACACAGAAUGACUUUGCUGUUUUGACAUUUUCAUCAUGCUUUUCUGUUGUUAAAUCAACAUGUAUAGUACUGUAUCACGUUAUUGCAUGGCAGUUCUUAUAGAUCGGCCACCGCUGCGUCUAAAGGGGCCAUUAUCUUUUUGAGUUUAUCUUCGACCAAAAACCUUUUUAGUUUUGUUUUGUUUCUCUGGACCAGUACAUUAAGGCCUGUUGCAAGGUAUAAUGCAAUCAUUAAUGGCUUUAAAUGAGAAGCAGUUGUCUUUUUAUUUCCAAUUCUUUUGAAUCCCAUGUAGUCAGAACCUGCUGUAGCAGUCAUGCUGGUCUGGCCUUGUGUGCACUAUCCGCUCCUUGUUGUGUAGUAAAUCAUUUUUUAUUUCCACUUUAUUUGCACUAUGAGAUUUGAGAGCUUCAAGCCUUUUUGUCUGACCUUCUAUCUAGUCCAUUAACUUACUCGGUACCAUUUAAAAUUGUGAUUGAAAUAGACAGUAGGCCUAUUUCCUUAAAACCCACAUACAUUGAAUAAUCUUCCUCCUGCAUAUUAGUCCAGUUAUUGUCAAAUGUAAUAUAUAUUGGGAGUUGCCUUUUGGUUUUUUGUGCUGCAACUAUUCUCAGGAAAUCUUGAGCAAUGCACUAAGUGAUUAUACAAAAUAUAAAAUGGGAAGAAAUUGUUUGGUGCUGCAGGGCGAUUGACACUCUUCAUGUAAGUGUAAGACCAGUAGCUUAAAAAUCAGAGAUUUUGUAGAUUUUAUAUUAUAUAAUUUCCCAUUUUAAAAAAAGCAAAUGAUUUAAACCUAUUGUGAGGAAAAAAAAAAAAAAAUAGACAAACAAUAGUAAUGAAAGUAAACUACUGGCCUUACUGGAACCAGUCCAAUUGGAAUGGCAGUGUGUCAGCUGGUCCUGUUCAUGAAGGGUGUUGGUGCUCCCAGUCAGAGCUUUGUGAAUGAAUAAGGGUUAACUGAUGCCAGCUGUGAAAUGUGUGUUUCUAUGUGAGCUGUUUGUUUUCUUGGCUUCGGUGAAGGGACAUGGGGUCUGGGAUGAGUAGAGACCUCGCUAUCAGGGAUACAUUUUUGUCUUUCAGUUUUUAGUGGAACCUUCUCAGAGAUAUGAAUUCAUUUUCCCAUCAUUUGUUUCAGUUAAUGUAAAGAAAAGAAAUAAAGAUAUCUAAGCUUGC